UUCUCUCUCUUCAGCGGACCCCCUGUCAGCUUCUAGUUUGCUGCCUUGUCUUGCCCCCCUCUCCAUCUGUGAACAAGUUCCUUUAUAACCGCCUCUUUCCCCAUCUUACCUGUUGUCCCUCAGCCUUCCUGGACAAGGUUGCCAAUCAGAAACAGAACACUCCCGAUCAGGUUCUUAUCCACAGGCUCCUCCACUCACACACAUCUACCCGAGUCCCAACCGGGCAUCCUCCACCCCCCUCGAGGCCUGAUUGCGUCUUGCUCCAACGGCCCUGUUGGUAUAUAAUCCAAACUUUUGCGUCCAACAACCGCCCGUCGAAACGAUAAAAGAAUAGCAAGCCUGCGGCCAAACCAGUCAUGGAUCUUACACCACCAUCUCUUACCAGGUCGCCGGCAUCUCCAACUCACACCUAUUGUCCAUCGGAACACUCUUCGCUUGAAUAUCCGUCUCCAGACUUGGCGGCUCAACAGUACAAAAUCAGUUCUUUAUACGCUGCCGGUCAACUGUGCUCCUUGGAUCAGGCAGCCGAAGCCGACAUUUCUUUGCCACCUUUGGACCCUCGACCGUCGGUAGAUUGGACUACCACCGACAUCAUGGCGCCCUCAUCCUCGUCCUUUUCCAUACCGAAUGUUCUAUCUUCGGCGUACGACCCGUUUGCUGAGUACGACUCACAAGUGUCCGCCUCAUACGGAUCCGACUCAUACCCUCCGCCGCCAUCCCACUCGUCCGCGCUAGGCCACCAUCAGCAUUCUCUAACAGACUCUCCGGGGCGCUCACCCGGGCCAUCUUCAUCAAGAAGUUCGCUUUCUUAUGCACAAGUUGGACACUCCACGAAUUCGUUGGGGCCAAGGAUCAAGAUGGAGAACGCCAAUGAAUACGGAUCUGGAAUUGACGCCUCGCACUACGCCUCUCCACGCUCAAUGCAGACGCCUUACAUGACAGAAUCAAGUACAUACGGCAAUCUUCACCAGCACUAUCUAUCAGAUAACCAAUCUCCAAGCUGGUCCAAGGUCGAAUACGGCGUGGAACAGUACUACCAAAACCCUCCUGCGGGAGAGCCGGCUCCUGUUGGUCGAGACUCGAAGCGGGCAGACGAUGGGAAGCACAACCGCCCGAGGCGAGCGCCACGGAAGAUGACUUCCUUUGCAGACGCCCAGUACCAGUGUCAAGUUGCAGGAUGUGGCAAGCUCUUCAGCCGCAGCUACAACUACAAGGCACAUCUGGAUACACAUGACGACAAGCGGGAAUACCCAUUUCCAUGUCCAGUAGCCGAUUGCAGCAAGAGAUUUGUCCGGAAGACGGACCUUCAGAGACACAACCAGAGCGUUCACAUGAAGGAAAAAAAUCACCGUUGUGACUACUGUGGAAGGCUGUUCGCCCGGAAGGAUACGCUUCGCAGGCAUAUGGACGAUGGAUGUUCAAAACGCUUCGACGUCGGCACUUGUGACCUUCGUGUUGAGGGUUUUGGAGGCAUAGCGCCGGUCAACCGUAGCAUGGGAGGGCCAAUACACCCCAUGGGACCCGGCUCGGGACCUCUGCCUCCUAUCAACGCGCCGAUGGGGGGCGGCAAUAGCCUAUUACAUCCCCAAUUAUCAGCUUGCAGGAGCAGAAGCGUCUUGUCUGGCACGAGCGAUGAAACACAUGGCGAUAGUUGGCAACGGUGAUGGAACGACAACUUGGCCCCCCGUGAAGGAGCUUUUGACACAAAAUCCUUGUUUUUUUCCCCUCUCAUCAACUUCCAAAGGAUGAUUGUAACACCAACUCGAAUUGGCC